UAGGAGAGCACUUCCGGUAGCCCUAGUUUUCUCUUUCGAUCUCGCCGCUUCUCGGAUCCCGCGUUGGGGUGUGUUGAUUGCCGUGGCGUGAAUUUCACGCGCACAGGAUUGCCAUCACCACAAGGGCACCGCCACAGCAGCAGCAGCGCACAGCAACCCCAGCGGAGGGGCGAGACAGAUCGUCAGCGAUGGACCCCGAUCAGUUGAGCAAGCAUUUUGUGGAGCACUACUACACCACCUUCGACACCAACCGCCUGGCGCUCAUCAAUCUGUACCAGGAGGGAUCCAUGCUGACGUUCGAGGGAGAGAAGAUCCAGGGAGCUCAGAGCAUCAGCAACAAGCUCAACAGCCUCCCCUUCCAGCAAUGCAAGCACAACAUCUCCACUGUCGACUGCCAACCCUCGGGACUGUCCGGCGGUUGGGUUGUGUUUGUGAGCGGGAAUUUGCAACUCCCUGGAGAGGAGCAUUUGCUGAAGUUUAGCCAGAUGUUUCAUCUAGCUCCCACACCUCAGGGGAGUUUUUACGUCUUCAACGACAUUUUCCGGCUCAACUAUGCCUAAAGUCAGUACAUCUGGACAGAAAGUUGCGGCCCCAAGUAGAUACUUUCACACUUAGUUGAGGUUAUGGGUUUGACGUUUGAUAAUCGUCAUAAUACUGGCUCAGAAAUCACCGUCUUUCUUCCAGGGGGGCGACUUUGUUAUGCUUAUUUGUGGAUGAGAUUCCUCAGACUGAUUUUUAGGAACACGGCAUGUCAUCGGGGACCUUUGUGCGGGAUGAUGAACUAUCACGGUUAGUUUGGAACUUAUACAUGAUUAGCUGCCGCUGGAUGGAGGAUCCAGUAAUGUUUUAGACUGUCCUCUAGAAAUACUCUUGUGGUGCGUUACUCCAAUUUUCUGGAGAUCCGUGACUGGCACGCUUUUGUAACUCAUCUGCUGUCUUUUUGCUUGACGUCUGUUAGAUUUUCUCCUUCUUGCUGUAAGAACUAGGUGUGGUUUAUCUUUUCUCCAUGGUUUGUCAUGGAACUUCGAGUUUGAUAAGGAUUGGAGGUUAAGAUUUACCUUUAAUCAACUACUUAUUGUAUGGAGGGAAAAAGUAAAAAUGUCUCCUCCCUUUUGGAUCGUAUUGAUGAUUUAAGUGCAUGAUGAAAAUGAGAGGCUAUUAGAUUCUCA